CAGCAGAGCAGUUUAUUCUAAACAAGUGGAACCACAAAGAUGUUCAGACUCUUUGGUCUUCUCAUUUUCAUUAACACUGCACUGGCUGUGGAUGUUGUUCAGCCCAGUCUCCUGAUGAGGGUUCAGCUUGGAGACAGUGUGACCCUGACAUGCUUCUGUCCAGAAGAAACAACUUUUGUUGCUUGGUUUAAGCAAGCUGUUGGUCAGAAGCCCCAGCUCAUGGCGAAAGCACUUCGCUACGUAUCUGGUAAAUUUGAUGAGGAAUAUGAAAAUAUAAAACGUUACUCCUUACAGAAUGCAAAGGGGAGUUUUAACGUCACUAUUUCUAACGCGGAGCCGUCAGAUUCUGCAGUGUAUUAUUGUGCUGCUGUGUUUCUUCAUGAGGUCACCUUUGGGAAUGGAACCUUUGUCAUAAUCACAGGUAAAGACUCCAACAGCAGGACUGUGGUACAGCAGCCUGUGUCUGACACAGUGCAGCCAGGAGACUCUGUGAGCCUGCAGUGUACAAUAGAGACUGGGAGCUGUGCAGGAGAACACAGUGUUUACUGGUUCAGACAUGGAUCAGGAGAAUCCCUUCCAGGAGUCAUUUACAGCCACGGAAACAGGAGUGAUGAGUGUGAGAAGAGCCCUGAGGCUGGAUCUCCUACACGGAGCUGUGUCUACAGCCUCCCCAAGAGGAACCUCAGCCUCUCUGAUGCUGGGACUUACUACUGCGCUGUGGCCAUGUGUGGGGAGGUGCUGUUUGGGAACGGCACACAGCUGGAUAUAGAUGGAUUCCAUUGUUCUUCAGAGAUGAUGGUGCUUAUCUGUCUCUCCAUUAUAAGAGCUGGACUUCUCCUCUGUGCUCUGCUGAUAUUCACCCUCUGCUAUGGCGCAGUCAAGGUAUCGUAGCCAGUGUGUACUUUACAAAUUCCUUUGGAGGAAUUUUCAUUCAGCUUAUGCUGUUAUCGUAGAAGCUGAUACCUUGCAAAAGACAAUUUUCACAUUUUACUUUAAAUCAAUUUUAAAUACUUUUUAAUCAAUAUGUUCAGUCUGAAAAAAAUAUUUGCAUGAUUUCUGCAAUCUAAUAUCUGCCAUUAAACUAAUUCUGUCAUGUAGCAAUAGAAUAGAGCCUGUGAUGUUUUAUCUGUUAAUUUGUCACUUCUUACUUAGCAACAAAGAAUGAUACAAUGAUACUUUCUACAUAUUAGCUGUUCAGGAAUGCCUUUUCCAUUGGUUUUUAAGCCUGACAGUUCACUCGAAGCAUGUGAAAUGAAACAAGUGGGUCAAACCAUACUCAGAGAAAAUUACUUUUAUAAUUCUGUUUUUCCAUUACUUAAUGUAAUAUAUACUAUGCAACUUUUCAUUUAAAUUGAUACAUUUAUCAAUGUUAGGGAAUGAAUUGUUAAUAAUAAUCUAUUAUAUUUCGUGCAUGUUAAUGAAACAGCUUAAUUUCGGAAGUGUGGGUAAACUGGUAGAAAUCAUUCAUUGCUUUGGAUAAUUGUGUGCAAAAUUAUAUAGUUCAAAGAGAAAAAAGUUUUACAAUCUGUAAGCUUAUGGUUAUAUUUUUGGAAGCAGCUACUCAUUUUGUGUGUUUAGAGUUAUUGUAUUAAAACAAUAUGAACUUU